GGGCUGCUGCGGGAGCGCGAGCUGGCCCUGGGCACCCUCAACAAGGUGUUCGCGUCGCAGUGGCUGAGCGCCAGGCAGGUGGUGUGCGGCACCAAGUGCAACACGCUCUUCGUGGUGGACGUGCAGUCGGGCCAGAUCACGCGCAUCCCGCUCAUGCGGGACCGCGCCCCCGAGCUGGGCCGCGCGCAGCCCAGCUGCGGCAUCCACGCCAUCGAGCUGAACCCCUCCAGGACGCUGCUGGCCACCGGCGGCGAGAACCCCAACAGCCUGGCUGUCUACCAGCUGCCCACCCUCGACCCCCUGUGCCUGGGCGACCGCUUCGGCCACAAGGACUGGAUCUUCGCCGUCGCCUGGAUGAGCGACACGGUGGCCGUCAGCGGGUCCCGAGACGGCACCGUCGCUCUCUGGAGAAUCGAUCCCGACACGUUCAACGGCAGGAGCGCCUGGCACGACGACGCGGGGCUCCCCGUGUACGCCCACAUCCGUCCCAGGAACUUGGAGACCAUCCCCAGGUCCAGCACCAACCCCAGGAACCGAAAGGUGCGCGCCCUGGCCUUUAACCACAAGAACCAGGAGCUGGGCGCGGUGUCCCUAGACGGCUACUUCCACCUGUGGAAAGCCCGGGGCGCGCUGUCCCGGCUGCUGUCCAUCAAGCUGCCCUACUGCAGAGAGAACGUGUGCCUGACCUACUGCGAGGAGCUGUCCCUCUACGCCGUGGGCUCGCAGUCCCACGUCUCCUUUCUGGAUCCCCGCCAGCGCCAGCAGAACAUCCCGCCCCUGUGCUCCCGAGACGGCGGCACCGGCGUGCGCUCGCUCAGCUUCUACCAGCACAUGGUCACCGUGGGCACGGGCCACGGCUCCCUGCUCUUCUAUGACGUCCGCGCGCAGAAGUUCCUGGAGGAGAGGGCCUCGGCCGGCCCCGACUGCUCCCCGGGGCCCACCGGGAGGAAGCUGCGGCUCACCUGCGGCAGGGGCUGGCUCAGCCACGACGACCUGUGGGUCAACUACUUCGGUGGCAGGGACGAGCUCCCCAACGCGCUCUACACCCACUGCUACAACUGGCCCGAGAUGANGGGCUGGGACGAGCUCCCCAACGCGCUCUACACCCACUGCUACAACUGGCCCGAGAUGAAGCUCUUCGUGGCUGGGGGGCCCCUCCCUUCGGGCCUCCACGGCAACUACGCGGGCCUCUGGAGCUAAGGGUGCCCACUGCCUUCUCCAAGUGCCCAGAUGCUUUCUGUAGCCCCCCUCUCGGUUUCUUUCCCGCCAGCGUCUUUUUUGCCUUCUCUCUUACAAAGCUUUUUGGUUAAUCCCUAAUUGUGUUCUCUGUUCGAGUGUUUCACAUAUGCUAUUGCUUUGGGCUGGUACAGCCAUGGUUUCCAUUACAAUUCAGUACUUUAGUUUUUAUCAGUGUUUCAAUAGUAUGUUCGGGUCUAUUACGCAUUUCUGAUGUAUGUUAUUUCAAAAAAAAAAGAGUGUGCUAAAAAAGUGUCUUUUGGGUUGGUCUGAGGAACUACCCAUUAUGUAAGAAGGCAGGUUUCUAGCCCUGCUCCAAAGAGAAAAUGCAUUUCAAGUUCUAGGUUGUGCCACCAUUUGGGGGCGUUUCAUUUGGAUGUUGGAAACUCAGUGUUUGCUGUUUGUAUAUUGUUGAUGCAUAAAAUACUUAAAAAUAUGUUCUCUUAGUUAAGAAAUCUUACUGUGGUAUUCAUCCUCUUAAUUACAAUUUUGAUUAUUCAAUAGAAAUUUAGCAUCAGUACCCCCAGGCUCUCAUUCUUGUUUAAAGCUGCUGUAUUAUGGCCUGCUUUCUCGGGUAGCAUUUCUGUAACAGAUUGUCAGGGCUAAUCAAAACUGGCCUAUAUGUGGCAGGACAAUCAGGGAGGUUCUUUUUGGGAUAAACAUUUCUUUAAAAUUCAGGUAACAUUAUCCAGGCAGCCGUUUACAGAGAAAGGCCGCUGUUGUACUCAGUGUAGUUGUUGCUAACAGGUUUUUUUUAAUUGUAUACAUGAAUAAUUCUUUUAUCGCAAAUGAA